AUGUUUUCAGCCCGUCCAUUACAGCCACUGCAAUGGUCGCAGUCUCUCAAGCAUUGCUGUCAAUGGACGGCGAGUAGGCGGCUUACCGUCCGUCCACUCUCGACUUUUGCUGCCCUGGCCUCUCGGCCUCAGUCCAAACUCCAGGUCUAUCAGUCUCUCUCCAACGACCCCUUCGUCAACCUGUCCCUCGAGAACUUCCUCUACGAACACUCGCCGCCGGACUCCAAGAUCCUCUUUCUAUAUAUUAACAGGCCCUGUGUCGUUAUCGGGCGGAACCAGAACCCAUGGCUCGAGACGAAUCUGCAUCUGCUGAAGAGCAGCAAUAGGAUUGUAGACAGUGGACGGAGCAGCAAUGAUGCUGCGCUCUUUGUUCGACGACGAUCUGGCGGUGGCUCCGUUUUUCACGAUGAAGGAAACUUGAAUUUCUGCGUGAUUUGUCCCAAACCGACUUUUCAUCGUGACAAGCAUGCAGAGUUGGUUGUCAAGGCAUUAAAGAACGUUGGGGCUUUGGGAACGAAGGUCAACGAACGUCAUGAUAUCGUCCUUGGUCUAGAUCCGCAGCAAGAGCCGUCUUCUCGGGUUGUCAAGGCUGGACCGGCAGACCAGGACGCUGAGAGCCCGCCGCUGGAGAACCCCGUGAGGGCCGUCAAAAUCUCGGGCUCAGCUUAUAAGCUGUCGAGAUUCCGUGCUUUGCACCACGGUACCUGUUUGAUAGAUUCGCCGAACCUUAGUCAGAUUGGGUUGUUUCUAAGGUCGCCUGCGCGUCCCUAUAUCAAGGCCAGAGGAGUCGAGAGUGUCAGAUCCCCGGUUGGAAAUGUAUCCUCAGCAUUGGAUGAAUCAGUCAGGCCGUUCCUUAUGCGGCAGAUAAUCGGGGAAAUCAUGGAAGAAUUUGCCUUGCUGUAUAAUUUGGAUAGAAACGCUCUACGGAAAGCACAAAGGGCCCAUGCCAACGAUCCAGAACUGUCUUCUGGAGAUGACUGGGUUGCUGGCAUAUUAACUGAUGAAGAUGCAAAAAACGAGCCCGAAGUGUGCAAAAGCAUCCAAGAACUACACACUAAGGCGUUCUUCCGAGUUAAAUCUGGCCUUAUAACCGAAAGUCACGUUUCGACAUCACCAGACCAAGAGACAGCACAUUACGAAGCGAAGUGCGUUCAUAAAAUCCUGCACAACAAGCCUCUGCAUGAAAUCUCAGACUGGGGAUCAGUUCUCAGCUCUGCUUUAGCAGUUGCCAGCCAGGAUGGCGCGUACCCUGGUGCUUUCGGGUCGAAUUCUCCAGACAGCGAGCUCUCGGGCCUUUCCAAGUGGCUUAACGACAAGCUUGGAUAUUGA